AUGGCGGCUUCCGCCGUAUCGUCUUUGAGCGCGAGCGCCUCCGACACUUCAACCGCAUCUGCCGCCGCGAUUUCCUCAGCGCAGAAAACGCUGGUUGGAGCAGCAGUUUCCUCUCCGCAAGGUACAAUCGAGGAGCCGCCUCACGGUCGAACCGCGUCCCCGUGCGCCGCGUGCAAGUUCCUCCGGCGGAAAUGCACCGCGGAGUGCGUUUUCGCGCCGUACUUCCCGCCGGACCAGCCGGGGCGAUUCGCAAACGUUCACCGCGUGUUUGGCGCGAGCAACGUCACGCGGAUCCUGACGGAGCUUCCGCCGGAGCUACGCGGAGAUGCGGCGAAUAGCAUGGCGUAUGAGGCGGAGGCGCGAGUUCAAGACCCGGUGUAUGGUUGCGUGAGCGCAAUUUCGUUACUGCAGCAGCACGUCGUUCAUCUGCAAACGGAGCUGCUUGUAGCGCAGCAUGAGCUUUCGGGGCUGCAACGGGCGUUAGAAGCUUCCGCGCAGGCUGCGCAGGGGUCUCCCACAUAUCCACCAGCCCACGCAACCACAACCACCCCCCUCUCUUUCGCCAGUGUCCCCACUGCCCUCUCUGCCCCCACUGCCCCCACUGCUGUCCCUUUUGCCCCCUGCGCCACUGCGCCCCCUGCUGCUGUUCCUGCUGCUGCUGCGGCUCCUUCUGUAGCAUGCGCAUCCCAAGCAGCGGCAGCAGCAGCAGCUGCUCCAGACGCCUCUGUUCCACCUGCAUUGCUGUUGGAGAGUGUAACAGGCGCAGGGGGGUUUGGUGCUGGUGUGGAGCUAAUGCAGGCUUCGUUUGAGUCACAAACGCCACCGCCUGCUGGUACUGCAGUUGUAGCCUCGUUACAAGCUGCUCCUGUUGCUGCAUUGCAACCUGCCCCUGUCCCCGUGCUGUAA